AGUGACGUCAUCAAAAAGCCUUAACGAUUGAAAACAAUGGCCGACAGGAGAGCCAGUAUUGUAACUCUUGUAGUUGUUUUAAAUGUUUAACUAGUAAAAUUUACUGUGUGUAUGUAGGAGACUCUUAUUGUGAUGUUUAGUGAUUUAAUAAGUGUGUUUUAUAAGAGAGAAGCCAGCUGCUUAGCCCGCUUUUAGCUGCCAAAAUGAGCGAUGUUGUGGAGAAGACGCUGACAGCUCUGCCGAGCCUCCUCUCUUUAGACUCUCACCCUGGGUCUGCAAAACUGUCCUCCACUUCAAAGCUAGGAAACCUCAUCAGGGGAAUCACUGAGCUAACGUCUAAACAUGAAGAAGAAAAACUUAUUCAGCACGAGCUUUUGGCGAUCAAAGAACAAGUGUCCUCUCCCAACACCACCAUGAGGCAGAUGAAGGAGCUCAUGGUGCGAUCGAUCUACUGUGAAAUGUUGGGCUACGAGGCUUCGUUCAGCUAUAUUCAUGCCAUUAAACUGGCUCAGCAAGGCACUGUUCUGGAAAAGAGAGUCGGUUACCUCGCUGUGUCCUUAUUUCUGAAUGAAAGUCACGAGCUUCUGCUGCUCCUGGUAAACACUGUGUUAAAGGAUCUUCAGAGUACAAAUCUUAUUGAAGUGUGCAUGGCUCUGACUGUUGUCAGCCAGAUGUUCCCCAAAGAUAUGAUCCCUGCGAUCCUUCCUCUAGUGGAGGAAAAACUAAAUCACCCAAAAGAAAUCAUUAGAAGGAAAGCAGUCCUGGCGCUGUACAAGUUCUACCUAAUAGCACCAAAUCAAGUUCAGCACAUCCACAACAAGUUUCGCAAAGCUCUUUGUGACAAAGAUCCUGGUGUGAUGACAGCCUCACUACACAUCUACCUGCAGAUGAUCCAGGAGAACCCAGACGCUUACAAGGACCUGACACCAAGUUUUGUUACCAUAUUGAAGCAGGUGGUGGGAGGAAAGCUGCCCAUGGAUUUUAAUUAUCACACUGUUCCUGCUCCAUGGCUUCAAAUUCAGCUGCUCAGAAUACUCGCCUUACUUGGGAAAAAUGAUCAGAGUACAAGUGAGGUCAUGUAUGAAGUUCUUGAUGAGUCUUUACGAAGAGCAGAGAUGAACCAUAACAUCACUUACGCUAUUUUAUAUGAGUGUGUAAAAUGUAUUUACACAAUUCAUCCUAAGUCCGACCUUUUGGAAAAAGCUGCAAAGUGCAUUGGAAACUUUGUUUUGUCCCCCAAGAUAAAUCUAAAAUAUCUAGGCCUGAAGGCCCUGACCUAUGUUGUCCAGCAGGAUCCUAAACUGGCCUUGCAGCAUCAGAUGACCAUCAUAGAGUGUCUUGAUCACCCUGACCUCAUUAUUAAGCGUGAGACGCUGGAGUUGCUCUUUCGCAUCACUAAUGCCCAGAAUGUGACAGUCAUUGUUGAGAAGAUGCUGGAGUUUCUGUGUAUCAGUGAAGAUGAUCACACUACCAUUGACCUGGUGGGGAAGGUGGCAGAACUGGCGGAAAAAUAUGCACCAGAUAACGAGUGGUUCAUAGAGACGAUGAACACUGUGUUUUCGCUUGGUGGAGACAUGAUGCAGCCUGACAUCCCUAACAGUUUUCUCAAACUGCUGUCUGAGGGCUUUGACAGUGUGGAGGAAGACAGAAAGUUGAAGCUGUUUGCUGUGAAUUCAUACGUUCCUCUGCUGCGGGGAGAGCCUGGCAAACUGCCACAGCGCUUCCUCCAAGUCAUCAGCUGGGUGCUUGGGGAAUACUCUCAUUUGAGGGAGGAUCUUGAACCUGCUGAAGUCCUGAGCCUGCUAGCCAAACUUUUGGACAUGAAGAACAGCAGUAGUGAAACCAAGAGCUGGGUCCUCAUGGCCAUGACCAAACUCUGCAAAGGUGGCACUGAUGCUUCUGUAACUCAGGAGGUUUCUGAGACAUACAGCAGCUCCCUGGAUACAGUGCUGAGACAAAGGGCGCAUGAGUUGCAGUACCUCAGCCAAGACCCUGAACUAAGAGCCAGGGUGUUGCCACGAGGUGCCAACCCAGAGACUCUGGAGGUGGAUUCCUCGCUGUCAUUUCUUGACAGAUUUGUGUCAGAGGCGUUGGCUGCCGGCGCUGCUCCAUACAAACCUCCCCACCAACGGCAGGAGGAAUUAGAUCAGUCAAAAGCCUUGAGCCUGGAGCCCUAUGGCCUUUCUCUGCCUAUCAGCAUGUCCUCCUGCAGCAUCACUGACAGACAGUCUCCUACACUGUUGUCCAUGAGCUCGGGUCUGUCAGGGGAUAGCGCUGACCUCUCACACAAAGGAGGCUCUUCAGCUUUGAAGCUGGAUGGUGUAAAGAGGGUGUGGGGAAGGGAGGGCUAUCUGGCCCAGAGAGAACCUGUAGAGGAAGCUGCACAGGUUGAGGUUCCCAGUCCUAUUCAGUCUCCCGGCCGGCAGGGCGAAGGUGACAGUUUGCACAGCCAAACUCCAACUCAGACACCGACCCCAGAGCCUGAACAAGAGAAACAGCAGCUGGCCUCUUCGCUGUUUGUUGGUCUGGCUUCCCAAAGCUCUGUGUCUCUGAUGGGAAAAUCUGAGCCGACACCCCAGCGAUUUCGAAGAAAAGCCAAAGGUCAAGGUCCGGGCUCGUCCUUCAAUGCAAGCGAGCAAAUAUCCAGCUCCCUCAUCUCUCCUCCCAGUGCUGUAGAUAACCUGCUGUGUAACAACCUACUAGACUCCAACAACGCCUCAGAGCUGGCCGAACAGACAUCUCAGCUCUCUCAGCGCCUCACUACUGCUAAUGGCACCUGUCACACAGAGGCAGAGUUAACUGAACCUGACACAAAGGGAUGUAACCCUGCUCUCCGCAGGGAUAACUGUGUGGUAGCUGCUGAUCCUGGUCCACAUGACGACCCAGGCAGACUAACAGAAGUGUGUCUGGAUUCUUAUCUUCCUGCAGAGCUUUCUGGCCUUUCACACUCAGAAAUCGCUCCUUUGUGUGCCAACCAAAGCCUGAAUCUCUCAGCCUGUCAUGUGCAGAAGGAAGAUUCAUUAAUAUUAGUUGUUUUUAUUAUAAACUCCUCCGAGUCUGCCAUACAACAGAUGCUGCUUCAGGUCGACUCCGAAGAACUUGAGGUAUCCUGCCUAUGUGAUAGUCCAGCGGGGGAGAUGACAAGCCACAGUGUAGCAGUGGGCCAGUAUUCUCUAACUGUGAAGAGGCCUGCGGUUCACGUCGAGGUGGUCGGGACGGUAUCUUACCAGCUGCCCGCUGGGACGUCUCAGUCAUUGCAGUUUUCCUAUAAAGUCCCUUUAACCAGCUUCAUCAGACCUUUUGUGGUGUCCACGGAGGAAUACGGGACGAUGUGGCUUUCCUUCUCUCACGACACAAAGCAGAAUCUGACGUUGAUAAAUGACAACCAGGAACCUCUCACAGCCACUCUGAAUGCUCUGAAGAAGAAGCUCCAGCUUCAUGUUGUGGAAGUUAUAGGCAUGGAAGGAAUCGUAGCUUGCCGUCUCCUUCAGGAUCUGCCGUGUCUGAUGCAUUGCCGUGUGAAUGCCGGCUGGCUGGCUGUGUGGCUGCGCUCGCCGGUGCCCGACCUGCCUGACUGCCUGAUCUACCACUGCCAGAGAGCUUUACAGAGCCUCUGAGACUCAGAGCUGCAGCACCAUCACCACUGAAAUCACUGAGGAACUAAACCCACCAGACCCUCACUGAAGAGGAAGGUACACAGAGCUGGAGUGCUGAACAGAAAAGGAGAAACCUGCUGUUGUGGCUUUGGAUCUUUAUAUUGCGGUCUUUAUGAAUUCCACUCAAAGUUAUUUAGUAAGAUUUGGUUUUAUUUAUUUGGCAGAAUUAUAACUCAUUGAAAGACAUGGCAGGUGAAAAGCUCAGGGUCAAAUGAUGGCGUUUAAUCAUCUGUGGGUGUUUCGUUAUUGCCUUUUAGUCGUGAAAGGGCUCCAUAAUCACUAAACGAUUGAAGCCUUCUUUCCUGGUUAAAUUCUGAUGGUA